AUGGCUCGCGCUCCUGCUUACCGUGACCCGGAAUACCAAUCCACACAUUACAAUCUCUUUGCCAAUUCCAUCACCAAACCGCUUCCUUCUGUGCUUCCGCCAGACGUCGAUCGCCCUACUUUCGAGCGUGCCAUAGCGCGUUACAAGAGCGUGGUAGGCGCGGAGCAGGUCAGCCAGGGUGAUGAUUUGAAGGAGUACAUCGAUCCGUUUGAGCUGCAAGAGGACGCGGGAACGCGGCUUAUGCCGAGUGCGGCUGUGCGGCCAAAGAAUACCGAUGAGUUGAAAGGCAUAUUGGCGGUAUCGAAUGAGUUUGGGAUACCGGUUUGGACGUUUUCGAGAGGGAAGAAUCUUGGCUAUGGCGGCCCGUCGCCGCGGGUAAGGGGCUCCGUGGCCCUGGAUUUGCACCGCAUGGAUAAGAUCAUCGAAGUCAAUGCUGAAUACGCAUAUGCUGUUGUGGAGCCAGGCGUCACAUUCACCGACCUGUACAACUAUUGCGCCAAAAAUAAUCUCAAGGUCUGGCCGUCUACGCCGUCAUUAGGCUGGGGCUCCGUCGUGGGGAACACAUUGGAUCGAGGCAUGGGUUUCACGCCUACUGCAGUGCAUCAUCAGAAUAUUGCCGGCGUGGAAGCUAUGCUUGCAAACGGCGAUCUUGUUCGAACGGGGCAGUUUGCAAUUUCCAACUCGCCCUCGGCACACCUCUCCAAGUUUACUUAUGGGCCCAGCAUCGAAGGCCUGUUUCUCCAGUCUAAUCUAGGCGUCGUGACCAAACUUGGCGUUUGGCUGACGCCCACCCCGCAAGCAUACAUGUCGUGUACGUUUAGUGUGCCGGACAUGGAAGACGUUGAGACGAUUAUCGAUGUCUUUGGGCCGCUUCGUCGCGACGGUCUCGUGCCAAAUCCCAUCUACGUGUCCAACGUGACCGAGUGGCUCGGCAUGCUGGGAUACCGGGAAGAUUACUGGCCGCACGAGACGCCGAUUCCAGAUUGGCGUAUCAAAGAGCUACAAAAGCAGCUGGGCCUCGGGUACUGGAGUGCCAAAUUCGGCUUAUAUGGCGCGAAAGACGUGAUUCAAGCCCACUUUGACGAGCUGCAGAAGAUCAUCAAGCAGAAGGCACCAAAGGGCACCCUCGUAGGCAAAAUGUUUGCUGCGCCAGAGGGACAAGGGCUGGAUCCGACGUCGGUGCCUGAGGAGGAAGGCGGUUUCUUCGUCGGCAUCCCAUCGCUUUGGUCGCUGCCCAUGAUCAAGUUCCGACUUCCCAAGUCAGGAGGCGGCAUUGGCGCGCACUGCGAUUAUUGCCCUAUCGUGCCGUCCAACGGCAAAGAGAUACUUUCAUGGGUAAAGGAGACCAAGAGGAUUACUGAAGAGCAAAACUUCGACAUGUUCUGCGACUUCUUUAUACAUGAGCGACAUGUCAUUUUUGUCACCACAAUGGUGCAUGACAAGGCGAAUGCAACGCAUAGACAGGCGGUGCAGAAGAUAUUCGACGGGCUGUUUGAAGCAGGAAAGCAGAGGGGGUACAGCAAGUACCGCAGUCAUGUGAAUCACAUGGAUCGUAUUGCUGCACUGUACGAUUUCAACGACCAUGCCUAUCGGCGGUUUGUCGAGACAAUCAAGGAUGCUGUGGAUCCCAAUGGUAUUCUGUCGCCAGGAAAGCAGGGUAUCUGGCCGAAGCGGUUCCGGGAACAUGCAGCAGCCCACCCUCGUCUGUAG